AAGACCCGGCGUCUUGUUUCCAUAUCCAAAAAUUGGGUCACUGAAACUCCGUUAGUCUCUCUUUACCUCUCUCUCUCUCUCUGUCUCUAAAAAUGGCAGUCUCGUCUACUUCCUCGUGUCUACACUCCAGAAAUGGAAUCCAUCAGCCUACUCUCAGUUGUGCCAGCAAAGUUUUUGUGGGUUUAAGAGUUCAAUCUCCAAACUCUUAUGGGAUUGGAAAAUCCAACUUGAAUGUGGAGUUUCAUAAUAAAGUCUACAAAAGUAUUGAAUCCAGGACCUGUAACAGUAAACCAACUCGGGCGCGUGUUGCAAUGAUGCCUAUAGGAACACCUAGAGUGCCUUACAGAAAUCCAACUGAGGGAACUUGGCAAUGGGUUGAUUUGUGGAAUGCUCUUUAUCGUGAACGUGUUAUUUUCAUUGGACAACACAUAGACGAAGAAUUCAGCAACCAGAUACUAGCAACGAUGUUAUACCUAGACAGUGUUGACAAUUCCAAAAAGCUUUAUAUGUACAUCAAUGGCCCUGGAGGAGAUCUUACUCCAAGUAUGGCUAUCUAUGAUACAAUGCAAAGUUUGCAAAGUCCUGUUGGAACCCAUUGUGUGGGCUAUGCAUAUAAUUUGGCUGGCUUUCUUCUUGCUGCUGGUGAAAAGGGUAAUCGCUUUGCAAUGCCUCUUUCAAGAAUCGCAUUACAGUCUCCAGCUGGAGCUGCUCGUGGUCAGGCCGAUGACAUUCGUAAUGAAACAGAUGAGCUUCUCAGGAUAAGAGACUAUCUUUUCAAGGAGUUGGCUCAGAAGACUGGUCAGCCAGUUGAUAAGAUUCACAAGGACUUGAGUCGGAUGAAGCGUUUCAAUGCUCAGGAAGCUCUCGAGUAUGGCCUCAUCGAUCGUAUAGUUAGGCCUCCUCGUAUUAAGGCCGAUGCACCAAGGAAGGAUUCUACCGCAGGUCUCGGUUAGUUCAUUUGUUAAUUAUGACAAAAAGCCUAUGGGUGUUAAACAGUUCCAAAUUCUUGGUCAUUAACAAGGUUCAUUUGUUAAGGUAUGCCAGAAAAUGUAAUUUUUCGAACGUCUUUUUUAUGUUUAACAAUACUCUCUCCCAAUGCUUGAUUGAAUGAUGAUAUUUUCUCUUGAUUACAUUUUA